AUGCUGACCACUCUGUCCUACUACACAGCUCCGUCGCAGGCGCUACCAGAACAUAUCCAGCAGGAUACAUUGAGAUACUCUCCUCGGUCGAUUUUGCGAUUGAAUCUGCACGACGACGAUGAAGCCACAUGGGACAAAGCUCAACGACCAUUCGCCUUAGACCCUCCCAUCAGUCGUGCCUUGUCGCGCCCCAUUGUCGGUGGUAUAGCAGAAAGAGCAGGAGACCCGAAAGGCCUUGCGUAUGGACAUCACCGGCAGACGUCAAUUGUCCAUGGCUUUCAACACUCGCGGAAUGGAAGUCUGGCCAGUUCGUCGUCAAGUCCGCUCAGCCCGCAGAUAAUAGCUGCAGCUGGGGCUGGCCUUCUGCCGGAACGAUUAGACAUGCAUGCAGCAGGCCGUUUGGAGUCCGACUCGACGAUGAGUUCCCGCCCUUCGACUGCUCUUUCGGGGUCGACCGCCACCGCGAGUGUCCACCCCUCAUUGCAAAGGACUUUGUCUACUACAGAGAGCAACAGCAACACUGCUACUACUCAAAAGAAGCUCGACCGCAUGCAAAGCAAGUCCAGACGUGAUCAUUCUCAACAGUCCUCCAACCCGUCGCGCCAUCAACAUGAGCAGAAAACGGUGGGCGAGUACGCACUGCACGUCUUGUUCACGCAUUUCAUUGCGCUGGCGGAGGAAAAGCUGAAUGAAUGCAUUACGAUCCCUUUUGACCCAGAACCGCAGAUUGAACACAUCUGUGGCCCUGGUGCCGACCCUGCCUUUGAUCAAUUUAUUGCCGCCUUGGGACAUAUUGCGAGUCAGAAGCCGAAGCCUCUAAUUGACUUGAUAAUGCUAUGGAGGAAACAAAAGAGUGAAGCUGCGGGUCAGGCACGAAAUCAACUUCAGCAAUCCAGGGGCAAUAUGCCUGGAGUCCCGUUACUACGGCGAAAUACGGAACCUGUGCACAUUGCAACAGCAAAUGGCAUGCCUGUGGAGAACGAAUCAAGCCAUGGACAAACGUCGCUUGCCGCAAAGCAGGAGUACGUAGCCCAAGCCGAACGGCGGUCUAUUGUAUCGAUCUACGUUUUAUGUCGCGUUUUGCUCGAGGUCAUUAGCCAGAGCUCUCUGAGCUCUAUUACCCAGGAGAUGGAGGGCAAGCUCGAAGCUAUAAUCUUCGGCCAAUUGAAGAUUGCGGAUAUCGAACAGCUCUUUGUAUCACCACUCAAGCUUGCAAACUGGAAUCUUUUCUCACAGCUGCUAGGGGUCAUGAGCGGAAUUAACUUUGUUAGCGUCACAAACCGUUUUAUUGUCGACCUGGAGCGGUCGCUUCAAGAUUUGACUGUCAGGAGCCCAACAGUCCCGAACCGCGAUCCUGAAGGACAGGUGGAAUUAGUGCUGGGUGGUAUGAAGCAUCUUCGAUUGAAGGUCUCGCCAGACACAGCUUGGGAUCAGUCCUGUGAUUUUCUGAUAGCAUUAGGCCAGCAGUUUGCUCGGUCACAUGGACAGAAAGUCAAGUCAGCCUUUUGUCAAGUUCUCGAGACUCUCCUUCUGCCCAUAGCAGGCAAAGCAAGCAACAGCCACCUCACGCAUCCAAAAUGGAGUGAGGUCAUCAGCAAUAUAAGUCCUCGCCUGGCUUCCAUGUUUAUCAAGCCACGUCAUUGGCAGGCCGCAUUCCCAUUAACGGCGACUAUGAUCUGUAUGUCCCCUCCGGAAACGUCCGCAUCGCAAUGGCUUCAGAUGAUCUUGCCUCUUCAGACCCGGCUCAAGGAUCGCAAUUCGAGACUGGUUUGCCUGCAAGUGAUAUCGCGAUUGCUAUGGGCAUAUUUGUACCGCUGCAGUGAUACUCCAUCUGCAGUGGCACGGAAGUUGGAUGAGGUGAUGAAACUAGUGCUUCCACCAAACAAACGAAUUUACACGGCGGCUGAUACCACCGUAUCUGGGCCACUUGUCCAGAUCAUCAGAAUCAUCGGGUUCAGAUGUCCCGAGUAUUGUUUCAAAAAUAUCAUUUUCCCACUAGUCAACGCCGAGCUGUUUAACACUCACACAGAACUGAAAGUAGAACAGCUCGACCCUGACAGAAUGGUCAUGGGUAUAAGAGCAUUCCUAGUUAUCAUGGCAGACUUGGAAAAGGGCGAGCAAGGUCGGCCGCCUUUUCCUUUAGACUACGUUAGCCCGCCAACGACUGAACAAUCGAUACCGGUUUCCCCUUCAACCAAGUCUGCUCGGGGGCUACCUUGCUCCCCGCUCCCGCCGGUCUCUCACGACGAGACUCUUUCUAAGCCGGUGCAUGUCGGUGCUUUAAGUGACGCUGUCAAGGAGUACUACAAAAAGUUCUCAGGGAUUCUCGGCAAGAUCACUAUUAUCUGCGACGACACUUUUGGAGGGCAAGCGGCUCUUGAUGAGAAGUUUAACAGCCCAGGGCCGAAGACCCCAAUCGCUGAGACAUUCAACUUCUCUAGACGAGACGACAAUCAGAACCCCGCUGAACAGAAACAGGCGUUCUACGAGUUACUCCAUGUUGCUGUGCAAGCUCUACCUCGUUGUCUCCCGGCCGACAUUCCGUUCAACUCCUUAAUCAAUCUUCUUUGCACGGGCACUGCUCAUGUUCAAACAAAUAUUGCCGAGUCAUCUGCACAGUCCUUGAAGUCCAUCGCACGACAAUCACAUGCAUAUCAAGUUACCAUGGGGUUCGCUCGGUUCAUAUUCAAUUUCGAUGAUCGAUAUUCAACGAUGUCCGAUGGUGGUAUGCUUGGUCCGGGUCAUAUCGAGAACACUUUACGACUUUAUGUUGAGCUCCUCCAGAUCUGGAGAGAUGAGAUAAAACAGAAGACUAAAGAUGCCAUAUCUGAUCCAAACGACAAGGCAAUUAAUGACAAGCGAGGUAUGAAGCUCGAUUUAUCAAGUAUAUGGGCAGAAGUCGAACAUGUUGAAGCUCGUGGCUUGUUCUUUCUCUGUUCUCAGUCACGAAGAGUGAGAUACUAUGCCGUUACGGUCCUUCGUCUAAUCACCGAGUUCGACUCAGCCCUUGGAAAAGAUGGUGGGUCAGAAAAUGAUACUCAACGCCUCAUUGACAUUCUUGACAAUGACUCGGUACACGUCAUGAGCUUUAAGGAUGAGCAUCUGUCUGUGGCCGAGCGUAGUCGACUGCAGCGCGGUAUUCAAAAGAGUAACAAUCGCGGUGCCUUGGUUGAGCUGUGCACUAGUGACGUUUCAUAUGACACAACACUAUGGUUCAAAAUUUUCCCCAACCUUAUCCGCAUAGCCUAUGAGCGGUGUCCUUUCACGGUGACGAUCAGCCGGGACUUGGUAUGCAAUCGCAUAAUGCAGAUGUACAAGGGUAUUGUCGUUCUGUCCGAGCCUACAAGAGGCUUAUACUAUGGCAGUGAGCCAGGUAGUGCCAGACACACCGUUAGAACUCCUACAACGCAACCCGACGUACUGGUUGAGCAGUUCAAGCUGUAUCUUAUAUUUGCUUGUACAACUCUUGUGGAUACCGGUCCCUUCCCAUCUGCAGCAUCACGAGAAAAUCAGCACGGGCGAAAACCAUCGAAGUCACUGGACAAAAUCAUUUCAGCGCGCGUCCUCUUCAAAUAUUUGAAUCCCUUACUCUCAGUUACGUCCACGUCAGUAAGAGAAGCGGUUGUGGUCGCCAUGGGUUCAAUCAAUAAAAAUAUAUUCAGAACCCUACUAGAAGAGCUUUCCGGUCAAGUAUCUAGAUGCAACGAUGAAGCCAGGACUCGCCUGCAUCAGCGUACCGCUAGUAGUCCUCGACGUAAUCGAAAGAUGGACCUGUUACGGACAGAGUUGACUCACGUGUACAAACUUACAUCCCACUUUCUGAAAGAUGCCGAUGUCUUCCAAGACGAAUGGAUCCUAAACAAUCUUUGUGUUUUCACAAAAGACCUCAAACUCUUCCUUAUGGAUGGCGAAGUUCAGAUGGACUGGGAAUUUCAGAAGCUCCGUCGUCAUUAUUGUGGGUUAAUGGAGGAGUUAUUUGAAGGCAUUGCUCGCACUAAAGAUCCUUCUCGGUGGAUGACAUUCGAGUCACGAAAGUCUUCAUUCUCUUUAAUGGAAGACUGGUGCGGAUUUUCUCCAAACCAGUCUCAGAUACACCAACGAGAGGAGAGUAUGCGGCAAUCCAUGAUCGACCAGCAGUCUCUCAGUGAGCGCGGGACUGUCACCGCCGCCAUGGAGAUCGAGAAGAGGAAUCUUAGGACGGCGGCCCUGAGCGCCAUGGCGGCUCUCUGCGCAGGUCCUGUCAGUGUAACAACUGAAAGUGGUGCAGUGCUUCAAUUUGACAUGCGCCGCAUGCUGAUGUGGAUUGAGUCUAUAUUCAAUUCCGGAAGUGACAGGCUGAACCUGAUCGGUAGACAGGCACUCAAGAACCUGAUCGUUUCUAAUCAAGAAUUUCCCUAUCUACUGGAUGUAUGCAUUCGCGCAUGCUACACUACUACAGUAUCGAAAGUGCUCGAGAGUUAUUUCACGGUGAUAACAGAGGUCCUCCUGGAGAACAUCAACUACCCGACUCCAUUCUGGAGACUUCUUGGACUAUGUUUGUUUGCGCUUGGAAACGAACUAAGUGAUAUAAGGUCAAAGUCAGCUCGUGUCCUCAGGGCACUUGAAGAACAUCAGCAAGCAGCUCGUAGCUCCAAAAUCCAGGACUUCGACAUCAGCAUCUCUGAUAAGACGAAAGCUGUUUAUAAGCUAGCACAGUUUGAGAUAUCAAAGCGCCUUGCGAAGCAACAUCCUGAGCUCGCUUUCCACAUAUUCUCGGAAUUUGCACUUUAUUUCGAGGGUAUUUCCAAUGGUGCCAAGCAAAAUAUGGUAGCCGUCAUUCUACCAUGGAUUCAGACUAUCGAGCUCAAGGUUGAUCCCAACGGCGGGCCCAUUGCGAAUUCUUACGUGCUUCUUGCCAAUCUCUUAGAAUUGACAAUCAAGUCGGGCUCCGCUCUGCACAACGAAGUCCAAGCACUCUGGCAAGCUCUGGCUACUGGACCGCAUCCAGGCAACGUUCGGCUUGUCCUUGACUUCAUCAUUUCGCUCUGUCUUGAGCGACGCGAGCAGAACUUUGUCGAAUACGCCAAGCAGAUCGUUGUGUUCCUGUCAAGCAGUCCCACUAGCCCAGGCAUUAAGGUCGUAGAGUUUCUACUAAUGCAAAUUACACCAAAAGCCAUGGUGCCAAACGAGAAAAGAGAUAUCGCGCCGCCACCCCCCGAUAUCAACCAUUUCCCUCAUUGUGCCGACCUAAACCAAGCACUACCCGUUGGUACUAAACAGGCAGGGUUUUCUCUUGGGCAACUGUCACUCAUACUCCUUGUCGAUCUAAUGGUUUCCCCGGUGCAAUUAUCCGCGGAUAGUCUGCCCAUACUUCUGCAAGUUGUGACAGUGCUUUGGGAUCAUUACACGCCGCUCGUGCAGGAACAAGCACGAGAAAUGCUCGUCCAUUUGAUUCACGAGUUGGUCGUAUCCAAGAUGGAUGAUGCUACUCCAGCAGAGACCAAAAAUUCCAUUGAGAAUGUCAUUGAUGCCGUACGUCGCCACGAUAAAAUUGUGGUAUGGGGCUAUGAGGACAGCAAUGGAAAAACAGGUGACCGAGAUACAAAGGUACCUCAAAGCAUGGAGUACCUUACCUCUGAAGUCGUGAAAACCUUCGAGGUGACUUUCCCCGGAAUCAAAGAGCAGUGGAGCAAACUGUCAUUGACAUGGGCCACUUCCUGUCCUAUCUUCCGAUGCGUUUUGUCCUCUUUGGACCAGCUAAUGCUUGGCGAUAUGCUCGCCCGUCUGUCCAAUACUAUUGCAGAUGAGGAUUCCGAGAUCCAGACCUUCUCCAUGGAGAUCCUCACAACACUAAAAACGCUCAUCGUAAAGCUCGAGCCAGAAAAGUUACUGGAAUUACCUCAACUCUUCUGGACAGCAUGCGCAUGUCUUGAGUCGAUCAACGAACGAGAAUUCUUGGAGGCAGUCGAGAUGCUUAACGAAUACCUUGACAAGCUUGACUUCCAUGAUCCAGUUGUUAGGCAGGCGUUGUUGGAUGGUCGCCCACCAAGGUGGGACGGAACAUUUGAGGGCAUCCAACCACUUAUGUACACAGGAUUACGGUCUUCCCUUUGCCUCGAGCCUACCCUGAAAACCCUUGCUAAAUUGGUUGUACUAGCCAGCGAUCCUCUUGUUGGGAACGAUGACCGCCUGUUCUUCGCAGCCAUUGCUAAUUUCCCACGGUUCCUGGAAGCGAUGGAUAAUAACAUUAAUGACCUGUCCGAAGAUGUUUUUAACACAGCUGAGAUUCUUUACGCAGUUGCGGAUGCUCAAGACUUUCAUGGCAUCUGCGUGGCUCUCGACAAUGAGUUCCUUUGGGAAUUCUUCACGGCACUCCGGGAUGUGUAUUUGCCGCAGUUGGACUUUAAGAUGCUAGUCAUGUUGAUGGGAUUUCUCACGAACAGUAUCUCAUCUGUCAAGAUCAUGACAAUGCGCAUAUUGACUAUCGUCAUUCCGGAAACUGAAAUGCGCAGGCCGGAAAUCGCCGGCCAUGGAUCAGAUCUCAUUUCACCACUCCUGCGAUUGCUUCAGACGCACAUGAUGGCAAUGCCAGGGUCAUCUAUGGACAAGCACCAUCUACGGAUGAGCAUGACGCAGUCCUCGUCGAAAGCCACCCGUAAGGAGUACGAACGAACACAAAGCUUGUUUGGCAUACCCGAGGAGUCCGGCUGGGCUGUACCUGUACCUGCGAAAAAGACCGAUGUCACCCGUGCAAACAUCCAUGCUGCUUUCUACAUGUGCCAAACUGAUGCGGAAAAUGGCAUUCCCACAGAUCCUACGCCAACGCCUGACGUGGAGUUCCACAAUGAUGACUUCCAUUACGGCUACUUCCAAAUGCCGGACCGCACAGAUACGAUGAUGUCCGAUGAAAUCCGCGGCGAAGCACAGAUAAAUGCUGACCUCGUCACAAAGCUGGACAGUUUAGACGACUUCUUUGAUGACAUGUCGCAGAGUCCGCCUAGCGAAGGGCGUUCCUCACAUACGCUCUACGAUGAGCAGAUUCUUCCAAUCUUGCACCAGGCAUCUAGCAACACCUCGUUCCAGAACGGCUUCGUGGAUCGCCCGCCUCCUGGUCCUUCUCCACCAUUCAGUGCCGAACCGACACUCCGCCCGGGGUUAAUCAAUCGCUCAAUUACAUCCCCAAUGGUACCCACAUAUAGUUCGCAGAUUGGCGAGGUGACCUCAGAUGACGAAUUUAACGAAGAUGUCUUCUCGGAUGGCGACGAUGAUAGGCAAAAUACGGACGGGUCUGGGGACGGAAAUUACAAUGCCAGUCAGUGA